AUGUCUGAGUUCAAGAACGGGACAAAGAAAGUGUUCGUGGGGCCUUUUGUGCAAAGCAAGACUUUGAAAGAGUUGGAAAUUUGCAAGGACGGUAUUAUCGGAGUAGAUGAAGAAGGUCGGAUAGCCUUCGUCGAACGCAGUACUGCUGAUGUGGAGGCGGCUUUGAAGUUGCAUGGCUGGGAAAAGGUAGAGGUUAUACGGUUAAAGGAGAAUGGUUUCUAUUUUCCGGGAUUCAUAGAUACCCACAUUCACGCCUCGCAAUACCCAAAUGCAGGCAUUUUCGGCAAAUCCACCCUCCUAGAUUGGCUCAACACCUACACCUUCCCCCUGGAAGCCUCCUUCUCUGAUGUCGCCCGAGCCCGCGCAAUCUACAACCGCGUGGUCUCCCGUACUCUCUCCCAUGGUACCACCACUGCCGCCUACUACGCAACCAUCCACGUCGCCGCCACCAACCUCCUCGCCGACAUCUGCCUCGCCCACGGCCAGCGCGCCUUCAUCGGCCGCGUCUGCAUGGACUCCGCCAUCGCCCCCGACUUCUACAAAGAUGAGUCCGCCGCCCAAGCGCUCGCCGCCACCCGAGAAUCCAUCGCGCACAUCCGCAACAUCGACCCCACCCACGCCAUCGUGUCGCCGAUCAUCACCCCGCGGUUCGCGCCCGCGUGCAGCCCCGAUUGCCUGGCGCAGCUGGGCGAGCUGCACCGCGAGACGGGGUAUCCGGCGCAGACGCACAUAUCCGAGAACAUGAAUGAGGUCAAGUUGGUGGGGGAACUGUUUCCGGACGCGCGGUCGUACGCGCACGUGUAUGAUGACGCGGGGCUGUUGACGGACAAGAUGAUCUUGGCGCACGCGGUGCACCUCAACGAUGAUGAAGUGGCAUUGGUGAAAGCGCGGGACGCGAAGAUUAGCCAUUGCCCGGCAAGUAACACGGCGCUGACGUCGGGUACGGCGAAGGUGCGGAAGUAUCUGGACUACGGGAUCGAUGUGGGGUUGGGGACCGAUGUUAGUGGGGGGUUCAGUCCGAGCGUGCUGGAGGUGGUUAAGCAGGCGGUAUGGGUGAGUCGACAUGUGGCAAUGGAAGCCGGGGACGCGGUGAAGUUGUCGACGGAGGAGGCACUGUAUCUUGCAACGAGGGGAGGGGCAAAGGUGGUUGGGCUAGCCGAGCGGAUUGGUGGGUUCGAGGUUGGGAUGGAUUGGGAUGCGCAGAUGGUGUUGCUGAACGAGGUGCAGGAUAUGGAAGGCCAUGGCGAGGAUGAAGGGCCGGUGGAUCAUUUCGGGUGGGAAAGCUGGGAGGAUAAGGUCGCGAAGUGGGUGUACAAUGGGGAUGAUAGGAACACGGUUGCGGUUUGGGUUAAGGGGAGACUCGUGCAUAAGACGAGUAGGUAUCAGUCAUGA